AUGGCCGAAAAUGUCGCCGCAAGCGACGACGAGCUCCUGAAAAACAUCAAAACGCUCCUUUGGGGUUCGACCGUCAAGGAGGACAUUUUUAAGCGAUGGGCGCAAGGCUUUCAUUUCAGUAUAGAUGAACCUACCGCACUUGUACAGAGAGAAGGAGGGCCUUGCGCCGUCAUAGCCUCGGUUCAGGCAUUUAUCUUGAAACAGUUGCUAUUGGAAAGCGAUGUCGUAAUUUGGAAGACUAUCCAGGCGAAAAAGUGUGAUCAGUUACUUGUGAAAGCUAUGAUUGAAAUUAUAAAUCAAGCCGUCAAUGUUCGAGAUCCCAAGUAUUCGAUAGUAUAUGCCAAUGAUUCCAAUGAUUUUGCAUCUGAUAAAGAAAGUUCCGAUACUAAAUUGACGGAAACCGCAAUAAAUUCAGACCAAGAUACUAGCAAAGUUAAUCAAAUUAGUGAAACACAGGCUACAAAACAAGAGUCAUUGGAAUCAGAAGUUUUUCAUUCUCAAUUGAGGAUAUUUAUUACAAGGAGCAUCGAUGAUGUGGAGGAUUUCUUUACAGAACGAAUUGGAAUGUUGAAAGAUCAGUAUGGCGUAUUGUUGCUACUUUACACCGUGAUGUGUACAAAAGGAGCUUCAGAAAUAUGUCUUGAAAUGUUGGAGCCCAUAGAACCCAUGAUUGACUCCACCUAUGGAUAUGGAAGUCAAAAUUUAAUAAAUUUAAUGCUGACUGGUCGAGCAGUUAGUCAUGUUUGGGAUCACGAUCAGGACAUCAGUGGAUUAAAAUUACGUGGGAUAGAUAAACAGAAUAAAGUGGGAUUUUUGACUCUAUUGGAACACUUACGUUAUUGCGAAGUGGGAACAUUUCUAAAGUCACCCUCGCAUCCGAUUUGGGUGGUGGGAUCGGACACGCAUUUAACCGUGCUGUUCUCGACAGAAAAGCGAUUAGUGAGUCCAGAAACACCGGCAGAGCAGGCGCGAAGAAUUUUCAAACGCUUCGAUCCAGAAGGAAAUAAUUUUAUCGCGGCGAAUCAACUGCAGAAUGUAAUGGCGGAAUUAGGGCUGGUGACUGAUGCAGAAUAUGUCAAUAUCAUAAGAAGAAAACUGGAUAGUGAAAAUCUAGGAAUAAUUCUUCUCGCAUUGUUUAUGGAUGAAUUUUUCCCCGAAGAACCAUGUAUGUGUCCAGAUACAUUCGUCUUGUAUCACUACAAUGGUCUGCAACGUAGCAAUCCGGAAAAUAGAGUGAAGUACCACAUGGGACAAGCGGUAUUACUCGAGUGCACUGUGAAGUGUAUCAUGGAUAGCAAUCCAAUGCUGACAGUCCUGCAGACAAAGUGGCCAAGGAUUGAGAUACAGUGGGACAUAGGACGGAAUCCUAGUUUAAAUUAGAAUUUAUAAACUGUAAUAUAUAUACAGGGUGUAUCAGUCCACCCGUGCCAGCCGAAUAUCUCAAAAACUGAGAACGACAAAAAUGUUUCUUACAAAAGUUGUAGGGUUUCGAGUAACGCAUUACAUAGUAAUAUUAGUAUGACCUUGAAUAGCGUUGUCAAGGUCACGUAAAGAUCACCUUCAAUUUCUUCAAUGGAAUCCCCCAUUUUUCAUUACAUAUCCUUGUAGCUUAUUUCGAGAGUUUUCCAAAACUAUAAUAAAGUAUUUCUUCAUUGAGUACUUUUCGAGUAUGAGGCUUGAAAUCAUUUCU